UUUGUUCUUUGUUCGUCACAAAUCAGAGGUUAGUUUGAGAGAUUGAGAUGGGGUUAGUGGAUCUGUUUUCUGUUGCUUCUAUGCCCGUGCUCAAAGUACUCAUAGUAACCGGGCUUGGCUCAUUUCUUGCCUUGGAUUCUAUUGAUAUCUUGGGACCAAUUACAAGAAAGCUAGUCAAUAAUAUUGUAUUCUUUGUGUUUAGUCCAGCACUCGUAGGCAGUAAUCUUGCUAAAACCGUCACUCUCGAAAGUAUCAUUUCAAUGUGGUUUAUGCCUGUCAAUAUUCUUCUAACAUACAUACUUGGGUCGGUACUUGGAUGGAUGCUUUUGAUCGUCGUUAAACCUCCUCAACAUCUAAAAGGCCUAAUAAUAGGUGCCUGUUCUGCAGGAAACUUAGGAAACUUGCCAUUGAUUAUAAUACCAAGUGUAUGCAAAGAAAAAGGCAGUCCCUUUGGUGAUCCUGAUGCUUGUCAACAGAAUGGCAUGGCUUAUGCUUCGGUAUCAUUAGCAAUUGGAGCGGUAUUUGUGUGGACUUAUGUUUACAACUUAGUACGUGUUUUCUCAAGUCAAUCACAAGAUUCUGGUCACGAUGGAGCGCAGUCAAUCCCAAGUGGUUUCACAGAUAGUUUGCUUACUCCAUCUUCAUCUACUGUUACGAUGAAGGGAAAACUGAAGGUGAUGUUACAUACAAUGAAGCAACAAUUGGAGAACUUAUCAAGACACGUUAACUUGAAGGCAGUGUUUGCACCAUCAACCACAGCAGCGAUUAUGGGCUUUCUCAUUGGAACAAUCUCGCCAGUUCGAAGCCUACUAGUAGGCACCACCGCUCCUCUUCGUGUGAUCCAAGAUUCGGCAUCCUUAAUAGGGGACGCAGCGAUCCCUACUAUGACACUGAUUGUAGGUGGUAACCUCUUAAGAGGUCUUGAAGGAUCUGGUGUCUCGUUACCCCUUGUCCUUGGAAUCGUAGUAGUUAAGUUAGUUUUCUUGCCAUUUCUCGGCAUUUUGAUAGUCAAAGGAGCGGUUUACAUUGGCUUAGUACACGCAGAUCCUCUUUAUCUUUUCGUUCUUCUGCUACAGUUUGCACUUCCACCCGCCAUGAACAUUGGUACUAUAACACAGUUAUUUGGAGCUGGUGAGAGUGAAUGUUCGGUGAUAAUGUUAUGGGCUUAUGGUUUGGCAUCGAUAUCACUUACUCUUUGGUCAAUGUUAUUCAUGUGGCUUGUAGCAUGAUCAUUUUGUUUGGCUCUAUAUAUCUGUUAGAUAGUGAGUCAUAGAAUUCUUUGUUCAUUGAAUUGUCAUUGUUCACUGUUUAAUCUUUUGACCAUGUACUUCAAUAUAUCACAAAGUUCCACA